UCUUUCAUGAAACGAUUUUGCGCAUUAAUACGGUUCAGACUACAUUUACGUGAGAAUUCAGUCGUUCGUGAAGCGAAACACCCUUCCGUUCAGAGUAGUCGUAUUAUUUUGUGUACGGUGUAAUAGGAGUGAAGUGGAUUUUGUUCAGGGGAAAUGGCUUCUGGAGUCACAGUGUCUGACGUGUGUAAAACUACGUAUGAAGAAAUUAAGAAGGAUAAAAAACAUCGAUACGUGGUUUUCUUUAUUAGAGACGAGAAGCAGAUAGACGUUGAAGUUAUAGGUGAACGUAAUGCGGCCUACGACCAGUUCCUAGAAGACCUUCAGAAGGGCGGCACUGGCGAAUGCAGAUAUGGACUGUUCGAUUUUGAAUAUACGCACCAAUGCCAAGGGACUUCUGAGGCAUCGAAGAAACAGAAGCUGUUCCUGAUGUCCUGGUGCCCUGACACUGCAAAGGUGAAGAAGAAGAUGUUGUAUUCAUCCAGCUUCGACGCCCUUAAGAAAUCGCUCGUUGGUGUUCAGAAGUACAUUCAGGCCACUGACCUAUCCGAAGCAUCGCAAGAAGCUGUUGAAGAGAAAUUGCGUGCCACCGAUCGGCAGUAACCGCGCUGUGGAGCGGAGCCGCUGCCGGAAGGGAACUAACUCGCCCUUCGUUCUCUUUGGCUCGGUCAUCUUAACAACUCCGUGAGAACACUUUGCCAGCCUGUCUGCAGAUCCACAUCUAGUCUCAUGGCCCGGGGGGCAAAGUGCUCUCUCUCUAUCUAUCUCUCCCCCAGCCGGCGGAGUUUCACCAAACUGUAUCGUAUUAUAUUAUUGAGUGAAAUAAAGAAAAGCCAACUGAAGUAAUUGCUAUAAAAAUAAAUAUAAAAAAAAAUUGUGAAUUUGAAUAAAUGAUAGUUGGCUGUAAGCCUUGUAAUGUUAACUGUUCAGGAUAAUACGCAAUUUGAUUCUCGUCACUGUGUCUGUAUUAGGUAAGUAAAAUGUCAUUUGAGUUUGACGCCGUAACGGCGAACAGAAGGGCGCGCGCGAAGCAACACGGUUGCUGUCGCCAUGCUUUAUUAUAAAAUAAAUUUUGUAUCUUGAUAUGUUUCUGUAGGACCUCUUAUGUCACAUGCUGAGUAUGUAUUAAAUUCUUUCUAAUGAAUAAGGGCGUGUUUAUUUGCGUUGACGUUCCUUGCGGCGGGGCCGGCGAUCCUCACUGACAAAAGCGUUCUCAGUUUCACAUUAAUUUAUUUUAUUAUCGGGUGGUACCUCCACGUACUAGACUUUUUUUUUUAUACAGACGACCACAUUUUAUCUUCCGUCGAGUUAAUUCUUAUUUCUGAUUAUUGUAUUUCGAGGCCAGAGUUAAAAAACAAAAUGGACGUGUUCAUCUGAAAGCUUACGCAGAAAAAUCGGGCGCUGCCUGUGAAAUAGAUGCGGAUUCAUUGACUGUACGUGACUUUGUUUUGAAAAUCUGUAAAUCUGAUGUACGCUAAUUGCUUGGUGGUUGUGAGAUGAGAUUAAAUGUUUGAGGCUAAA